AUGGUGCACCCUCUCAAGGCUCGCCGCAGCGCUGGGCGGCGGCAAGGUGCGACGCGCUCGCUGCGGCUGACGCGGAAGGUGAUCGACCGCCAGCGCGGCGUCGAGACUUGCUCCGCAUGCCACGGGCAGGGCGCGCGGAUCCAGACGAUCCGGAUGGGUCCGAUGAUCCAACAGGUGCAAAAGACGUGCGAGGUGUGCGGAGGGACGGGGCAGACGUUCCGCCAGUCCAAGCAGCAGGAGACGCUCGACGUCCACAUCCCCAAGGGGGCGCCCGACCAGCACAAGAUCAACUUCUCCGAAAAGGCGCCCGCCCCUCGCCCCCUCGCUUGA